AUGGCUAAACUGUUGAAGGGAGUAGAGGCAACUAACACGGGAGUAGCUGAGGUGAAAAAUGAUUUGUCUUUGAUAAAUCAAUUGGUUGAUUUGCAUUCCACUUCUACAAAACAGUUGGAGCAGCAAAUUAGUCAACUUUCUACGAUAUUUAAUCAAAGGAAGAUUGGAACUCUACCAAGUGACACAUCUGAUGAGUUUAAACAUGAGAAAAACAAGGAAAAGGAAGUGGUGGAGAAAACUCUCCCAAAACCACCACCCCCUUUUUCUCAGAGACUAAAGAAGAAGACUGAUGACACCAAGUUCAUUAAAUUCAUAACCAUGCUGAAGCAGCUGACUAUUAAUGUGCCUUUGGUAAAGGCACUAGAGAAAAUACCAGGGUAUGCCAAAUUCAUGAAGGACCUUUUGACAAAGAAAAAGGCAGCAAGCUAUGAACCGACGAAUAAUUUCCAUCACUGCAGCGCGAUUGCCACAAGGUCCUUAGUACAGAAGAAGGCAUAUCUGGGAGCUUUCACUAUUCCUUGCACGGUUGGGUCUUUGAAUUUUGCUAAAGAUUUAUGUGAUCUAAGGGCUAGCAUUAAUCUGAUGUCGCUAACUAUUUAUAAAAAACUGGGUUUGAGAGAUCCUACACCAACCAAUAUACGGCUUGUGAUAGUGGAUAGGUCGGUAAAAUAA